CUGUAAAACAUGGCGGGGCAAAUCCCGCGACCCACCAAUGUGGAAACGACCAAUACUGGGACCACCUACCACAUCCAGGAGGAUGGCAGUAAGGUGAUCGCUGGAACCCGGCGGCCGGAUGGCACCUAUCGAAAGCCCGUGCGAGUCCGGGCAGGCUACACUCCUUUGGAGGAGAACUUGUACAAAGGUCCUGAGGUGCAGCAGCGAGCACAAGCAAGGGGAAUUCCUGGACUUGGCCCAGAGACACAACGCCCAUCUGCGAGGAGUGGUCACAUUCCUGGCAUGGCGCCGGACAGCGAACCGAAGGCAAAGCCAAAAGCAAAGCCGAAGGAGCCGAAGGAGCCGAAACCGCAGGCGCCCAAGGCGGAGGUCAAAGCAAAGGCAGCGCCCAAGGCAGAGGCAAAAGCUGAGCCUGCCAAACCGGAGAAUCGCCUGAGAAACCUCCGUAAGAAGCUUGCUGAGAUUGACGCAUUGGAGGAGCGGGCUGCAAGCGAUCUCUCAGAGGAACAAAAGCAGAAGAUCUCUCGAAAAGACGAGCUGCAAAAGGAGGUGGAAGAUUUGGAGAAGGAGAUUGCCCAACUACAAAUCUAAAAAAAGAGAAAUCAAUAUAGAUUUGAGAC